GAAGGGAGUUUAAAAGCUGUCGAACUUCCUGCCUGCACAAUUGAGCCAAGAAUUGCAUACUAGAUAACACAAACUCAGGCUUGGAUUGCCUGGUAAGAUCGGUUCGCAAAUGCAAGAUUACAGGAACACUAUCACAAAUCAGUUUUUGCCCAUCUAUUGGCCUGGCUUUCAGCAGUGCACUUGUGAAAUUUGCACCUCCCGUGAUCCGAAUCAGAACAACCAAUCCUCUCUGGUCGAGCCUAACAAUGAAGCUCGAAGGCCUUCGUUUACAAUCGAAUCUAUUCUCAGUCGAAAGGACGGAAGAAAACCUGAUGUGAAACCGAACUUAGAUAGAUUUACAACUGUGAACGCGAGUUUAGUCUCAAGUAACUCUACCACACAGUUUCAGAGCGAGAGAUCAGACUUUCCCUUUGGGACAAGUUAUCUGGGAAGUUUGCGAAGGCAGAGUUAUGGCAUGGAGCAGUUUUCCUUGUUAGUGGGAGGAAACGUCCCAACAAAUGGAAAUUUCAUCUCACACGGCGAUGAAAUCGACUGGACCGGUGAGAAACCAAAACGCAUGCGCACGAUUUUUACCGUGGAACAGCUGGAGCGACUGGAGCGAGAGUUUUCACGCCAGCAGUACAUGGUGGGAGGACAGCGGUUUUAUUUGUCCAAAGAGCUUGGAUUAACAGAAACUCAAGUCAAAGUCUGGUUUCAAAAUCGUCGAAUAAAAUGGAGGAAACAGCUCAUGGAGCAAGAGAGGAAUAAGGUGAGGCAACAGAAGGAAUCAGGCGCCAGCGGGGACAUGAAGACAGAAGACGUCAAUACCUGAAAAUAAAACAAUACCGGUGAGGAAGAAGAUCGACUGUUCCGAGAUGUCUAAAUUUAUUUGGUUUUUCCUUGCCGUGGGAAGCGCUAAACUCGAAAACUAUAGAAAAAAACUCGCACAUUCGCACAUUUACGUGCAGCGGGUUCAGUUAAGUUCUUCCUUUACUUUUUUUAUUUCUCUCAUUCUUUGUUAAGGUUUAGUCAUUCCUGGCAAAAGACUUGAUGCAAUAUGGAGCCGGGGCGAAUUUCAUAGAA